GGUAUUGGUUUAGUCAGUGUACAACAAUUCUUUUAAUUGUUGAAUAAAAAAUCGGCACAAAUACGUUAUACGUAACACAGUGGUAACGUUUUUAUACGUACGAGUGUAACCUGUGGAGGAGCGGUCGCUGCUAUGGAAAUCAUUUACACAUUCGCGAACACGUUCCUUAGUUUUAUACAAAGUGUUAGAGAUUUGCCGUGGCUGAGCUGGCUGUUGAGAUACUUAUCCAUAUACCAAGCUCUGUCUCCCGUGGAAUGGCCGGCGUCUUAUGAUUUGAAAGAUGGUGACACCUUUGAUUUCAUCGUGGUCGGCGCUGGGUCAGCCGGAGCGAUCGUGGCUUCCCGUCUCAGUGAAAUUUACAAUUGGAAGGUUCUUCUGCUGGAAGCAGGUGGUAAUCCACCGCCGGCGAGCGUGUUACCAAGUACUUUCGCGAUUCUCUCUCACACGGAGUACGACUGGAACUAUAAAGCAGAUCUGGACAAUGGUACCGGUCAGAGUCACGUUGCAGGAAGUAUCUACAUGUCUAGAGGGAAAAUGCUAGGAGGAUGCUCAUCAAACAACUACGAAAUAUACGCUCGAGGAGCGCCCCAAGACUUUGAUGACUGGAGUAAAGUAGCACCAGGCUGGGAUUGGAACUCAGUUCUGUAUUACUACAAAAAAUUAGAAAAUAUGACAGAUCAUACCGUUUUGGAAGAUCCUAACUCCUCAUACCUUUAUUCAACCCACGGACCCGUGGCUAUAUCGAGGCCUAAGCAAAAUCAAUACUUUGAAAAAGUUGAUGAAACGGUCUUAGCUUCAUAUGAAGAAAUGGGGUUGAAAAGAGUUUUAUCUACAAACGGUCCAGAAAUCCUUGGCGUUUCUCGCCCACACGUUACAUUUGCUAAUGGUAGACGAUCCAGUACAGCAGAGGCUUAUUUGCGACCACUUAGAGAUAGACGAAAUCUUUUGGUCACGAAAUACGCUAGAGUGAUAAAAAUUUUAAUAAAAACAAACAGAAGAAAGGCUUAUGGUGUUCAAGUUCAAUUAAAGACUGGGCAAUUUAUUAAUGUUUUUGCCAAACUGGAGGUUAUUGUAUCAGCUGGAACUAUUGAUACUCCCAAAUUACUAAUGCUUUCGGGAAUAGGCCCUAAAGAAAUAUUGCAGAAGCAUAACAUAAAAAUGGUCGCAGAUCUUCCUGUGGGGAAGAACUUGCAGGACCAUAACUUAACCCCGCUCAUAUUUACGGGCAAAAAGGGUUUUCAAACAGCUAUUCAGAACGUACUUAUCACAGCUGAAUUAGAUUCAUAUCCCGUCCCUAUUCAAACUGGAUUUUUUAGGCUGAACUGUUCUAUUUGUAGCAUUGCCGUAGGAAAGCCUCACAUACAAAUAUUCAAUAUUCACGCUGGGGCUACCGUUGCUCCGGGGGUGUUAUUUGGUUGCCGUACCGUUACCAACUACAACAAAAACUAUUGUUACUCAUUCAGCAAAGCCAAUGUACUGCACGAAAUUGACGUCACUUCACUCGUUCUCCUUCAUCCUUUAUCGAGAGGUCAAGUUACAAUAAGGAGCACCAAUCCGUUCGACGAUCCUAUAAUAGAAUUAGGUUAUUUCAGGAACAAACAGGACGUCAUGAUAGCUGUGGAAGCAGUUCAAUUCAUGAUGAAAUUUACCGAAACUUCUUAUUACAAGAAAGUUGGUGGAAGACUUGUUAAACUAGACGUAGAUGGUUGUCAAGGGAUUCCUUACAAUACAUAUGAGUAUUGGUACUGCUACGUCAUAAGCUCAGCGACCUCCAUAUUACAUCCGGUAGGAACCUGCGCGAUGGGGAGAAACGGUGUGGUGAAUGAACGAUUAAAGGUGCAUAAAAUUGAUGGUUUGAGGGUAGUUGACGCUUCAGUCAUGCCUCUGAUAACCAGUGGAAAUACCAACGCACCCACUAUGAUGAUAGGAGAAAAAGCUGCGGAUAUGAUCAAAGAAGAUUACAAAGUAUUUUACGGGUAAAGUGACUUAAAACCUAAGACUAUAUUAUAUUAUCUGUAUAUUUAAAAAAAAAAGUCAAUAAUUUAUAUUUAAUUAUACUUAAAUGUUAGUAAUAAGACAAUAUGGCUGUUAUUUCUAAUCAUAAUAAUUUUCUAUUUCUAUUACU